GAUGCUGGCUCCGUCCGUCCAUCCGCUCCUCUGGCUGUUCGGCUGCGUGCUGUUCCAAGGUACUACAACCUCCACAGACCCUUCUGUCCACGCUGUAACAGGUCAAUCCCAAUCAACAACCCACAGCCCUGAAGUAAAGAACCAUACCUCAGAGCCUUCAGUAAAAUCAACACCACCAACCGACUUGUAUCUCACCUCUGUGGGUCAAACUACUACAGCCAAAUCCUCUUCCAUCGCUACAACACCGCUAGCAUUGACUGCACGAGAUGAAAAGUCUAGUGGAAGCAGAAGCACAGCAGCUUCACCACCUCAAGGUCAAGAGCCCAAGAGAAGUGAGAGUACCACAUCAUCAGCAACUCAAGGCACCUCAAAGCCAGUCACCCCAACACCAAAGUCCUCUGGCUACUUGCCUGUGCCCACUCCGACAGAUGAUAAAUCACCACUGACGGUGGCAGCUUUUGGUGUCAUCAGCUUCAUAGUUAUCCUGAUAGUGGUUGUGAUCAUUCUGGUCAGCGUGGUCAGCCUGAGGUUCAAGUGUAACCGCUCAAAGGACUCAGAAGACAAACAGAAACCAGGGACCUCCAUGGUAUCAGAGAGCUGCUCGACAGGCACAAGCCAGAAGGAUAACAGCAUCACUCUGAUCUCCAUGAAGAACAUCAACAUGAACAACAGCAUGAGUUACCCACCGUCAGAAAAGGUGCUAUGAAGCCAAGGGCCCAGAGCUUGAAGCUGACUUGUGACAACCAGCAGUGACUUUCUAGGUUUUUUUUUUUUUUUCUUUUCCUUGGGGAAAGAGCAAGGGUGGACUUUAUAUAUAACUUAUUAUGUCCUUUCUGAUCAAUACAUUUACAGUAGCAUCCCACAUAGCUUCCUCGCCUGGGGUCUAAGGGCUUUCUCCAGUAACAGCCUGCCAUGCUCAGUGGUUGAUAUCUAACUCUAUUUUUUUAUAUGCCUUCAAAUCCUCAGACUAUUCCAGCAGCAAGAAGCACCAAGGAACCAUCUACUUCGCUAAUAAACUGCUGCCUUAGAUUAAUGGCCUUUAUACUCUGUGCCAGCCAGUCACAGGCUCAUCAAUCAGUAUAGCCCCACAUUGAGUCAAACCCACGCAUUAGAAAAGCAUGAUCUGAGGCUGAAGGCCUAAUGGGACAUAAACGGCCAAGUGCUAGGUCAAAUCCCAGCACGAUUGCUCCAAGCCCCUUAUCCUUGGUGCCCUCAUUGUCCCCGCAGCGGUGGGGAUGAUCAUAUCCACCUACCUCACAGGGUUGUUGUGAGGCUAUGUUAAUCAAUGUCUGUAAAGCAUUUGGAGAGCCAUGAAUUAAAGG